CCCAGUUACCAUAUAUGUCAGGUUGCACACACUAUUUAUAUAUACCAAACAGCUCAGGUAAUGGUCAUGCAGUAAUUAUAAGCUUCUAUAUGGAGACAGAAAAAUAUUUGCAACUUUCUGUAUAUAAAAUUUUCCAAAUAAAAACCAAAAUUAUUUCUGAAAAUUUAGGACUUGAUUCUGUUGUACCAUUGUGCCAGAGGAGCUAAGUUGUCGACCUCGGUCUUUGUCCUGGAGCUUUAAGCAGUCUUUUAGGCAUUCUGGGCCCAAGCCAUGGAGUGCUUUGAAGAUAAAGACUGAGACCUUGAACUUAAUUAAAAAUUCUAUGGGGAGCAGAGGACAGGUGUGAUGUGUUCAUGGUAGCUUGCAUGCUGAGGAGACACGCUGCAGUGUAUUGUACUAGCUGGAGUUUUCUAAGUGCUGAUGGCUUCCUGCCCAAAUAUAUUGCAUUGCUAUAGUCCAGCCGAGAGGUGACAAAGACAUAAAGAACUAAGGCCUGUGUCUGCCAGUAUGGGAUGGAAUCUCCUAGCCAGUUGGAGAUGGUAGAAAGCAUUACUCAUGGCUAUUGUGAUGUGGGAGUUCGGCAUCAGCGAGGAAUCUGAGAAUACUCCUAGACUACGGACUGAACUGACCAGUUGUGGAUGUGAACCUUCAACCACAGGGGAGUCAACAUGGCUGCAAACUCUUCAGAAUACUAUCCUCUUCCCACCAGCAUCACCUGGUCUUCCUUGGGUUCUGCUUCAGCUAGCUGUUCUUCAUCCAUGAGCUGAUCUCCUCCAAGCACUGGGCCAUCUUGGUGGUAGGGGUAUGUGGUGAAAGAUAGGUAGAGCUGUGUGUCAUCUGCAUAUUGCUGGCCUGUGAAUCCAUGUUGUUUGACCUGUAUACCUAGUGGUUGCAUGUAGAUGUUGAAAAGGACUGGAGAGAGAACUGAUCCUUGUGGAACCCCAUAAGUGAGGGGUCUAGAGGUGGUGCAUUUUCCCAUCACUACUUUUUGGGUGUGUCCCUCCAGGAAGGCUCAAACCAUUUUAGCAUGUUAUCCUGGACCCCUGCCAUCUCUCUCGGGCGAGACCGCUGUAUUUCAUGGUCAGCAGUGUUGAACACUGCAGAGAGAUCCAGGAGGAUGAGAAUGGAUGUCUGUUCUCUAUCUUUUGAUUGGAGGAGAUCAUCUAUCAGUUCCAUAAAGCUGUUUCAGGUCCGUGUCCUGGCCUACGCCCAGAUUGUGCCGGGUCUAGAAUGUCGGCUUCAGUUAGAUGAGAUGAUAGGCGGCCUUUGACUAGCUCCUCUAUGAGCUUGCUCAUGAAUGAUGGGUUUGACACUAGGCGAUAAUUGGCUAGGCGUUUACUUGAUCUUGAAAAAAUAAACCAUGGUUAAAAUGACCUUACCCCAACACUCCCAAAAGUCAAUAAAAGAAUAUCACAUUUACCUAAACAAUAACAAGAAGAUGGGUAUUAUCCAAUGCCUUUCCUGGGCCAAUAAAAAUAGCUCUCUGAAUUAAUUGAAGCAGAUAUGGUGUUAUACAGACUUUCACUGAGACAGUACCAAAUAGUGAACUAUUUUUCUACCUUUCAAGCAAAGGGAAGCCUUAUGCCUUCUGUUAUUUACGCCAAUUCACUUUGUUGCACUUAUUUGUUUUAUGAAAGAUGAAAGCAAGCAAAUGCUAACGAAGAAAAAUAAAUGACUGCUAUUCAGUUGAGCUGUUCAUGAAGGUUAAUAUUUGCAUUUGGAGUGGAAUUUGGAUACCAAUUACACAGAAAUAUGAUCAAGAGGAACAUUUUCUUGGCAAGCUGCUUGCAUCCUUACUUGACCAAAAAAACUAUUACAGGGCCAGACAUUUAUUCUUUAAAUAUGCCCUUUUUUGGGAGAAUCCUUAUGCUCCAUGCUAAAAUAUAAAUCUUGGCAGCUUUUUCUUUCUCAGUCUGUACAUGCUGGGCUUUGUAGGGAACUAAAGGGGAAAAAAUACUGGGGGAGAUGGAAAGUAUUAUAGUGUGUGAAAGUGCAUAUAAAUGAGCAGAGCGAGAGAACAUGGGUCACCUCCUGAGAGCAAAAGCCAUCCUGCAGCUCUCUCUCAUCUGAUAGCCUUCUGUAGCACAUCAUACAAGCUGGGCUUGAGUCUGAGACUCUUUCCCUUCCGUAACUUCAGUGAGAAUGGUGCAUAGUGGACGUAUCUCUGGUUGUGGCCCAAGAGAGGGAGAUAAAGCACAGCAGUCUACCUGACUGGCAUGAAAGAACAGAAUGUGCACUGUCUCCAGCAUUUUUGAGGGGUAACUAUUAUUCUGCCCACUCACAGUCCUCCUGCUCUUUUGGAUUCAGCAAGCUGCAUUUCCCUCCUGUCUAAAUCUAAAGAAAAAAGUACCGAGACUAAGGAACUGAGGUUCCCAAUGAUCCACUGAUACUUCCCAUCACCCAGAAUUAGAAUAACAUGUGCAUCAUUAUAAGGGAGUGCUUGUUUGAAUAUGGACGUUUUUGGCCAGGUGGUACGGUAUGAUCUGUGAUGCAGACAUGUUUGUGAGAAUCUCAGGGAUGGAAAGUUUGCCUCAUUUUCAAAGCUUACACUUGGCAAGAUGAGUGGGGUGGUUUUUUGAACAAACAUUUGUUCCUUCUGUUAUUCCUGUAUAACCCUUAAAAAUGCUUAGUCCUUUUUCUUAAUACUUCAGAAAUUUAGUAGAAGUCUUAGCUAUUAGAAUAGAUGCAGGCAACUCUCUCUUUGUGCUUUGUUUUGCAGUAUGUGCUUAUUGUAGGAAAUUACCUAAAACUGAAAGAACAAUUAACAUACUUGUAACAAUGUACUAUCCUGAUCCUGCAAUGUGAUGCAUGCAGGCAAACCUCUACUCCCACGUGGAACCCUUUUGAUUUCCAUUGGAGAAUUGAAGCCAAAGUAAGCACUAAGUGUUGCUACCCUUACUCAUACAAGCAGUAUAUUGAAGCCAAAGCAACUGCUCCAUAGACAUACCGAAAACAAAGCCUGGUGCAAUUGAGACCUGGUCUACACCACGCUAAAAUUUAGGUUAGUGAUGUCUGCCCAUAGGUUAAUUUCCAACCGAACAUCUCAGCAGGCUUUGUCUAACUCUGAUUACACUUGGGAGUAUGAGUACUAUGAGUACGGACCAGUUUCCUUCGAAGGACUGAAAGCUCAUAAAUAUUCCAUUGUGAUUGGAUUUUGGGUCGGUCUGGCAGUUUUUGUCAUUUUCAUGUUCUUUGUGCUGACCUUGCUGACGAAGACAGGAGCACCGCACCAAGACAAUACAGAACCUUCUGAAAAAAGAUUUCAUGUGAGUAGCUUCGUGGCAGACUUUGGAAAACCUCUGGAGUCAGACAAGGUUUUUUCACGUCAAGUAGCUGAAGAGUCCAGGUCACUCUUUCACUUUUACAUUAAUGAAGUGGAGCAUUUGGACAAAGCAAAACAAAGCCAUAAAGCCCCUGGUCUGGACAGUAAUAUUCACUUCCAGGAAGUAGCGAGGAGUAGUGGAAGGCUGGAGGAGGAGCUGAAUUGCCUUACAAAAUUUAACAUCCCCAACUUCGUGAACACUGACCAGAGUUCUUCACUGGGUGAAGAUGAUCUGCUGAUUUCAGAGCCCCCAAUCAUUUUAGAAAGCAAACCAGUUAUCCAAGCCUCACGUCAGAUCCUUGACUGAAAAACCUUGAUUUCUAAAGCAGAGUGUCUUUAUUGUUUCUGUGGUAUCAGGAACUCUUAUUCAGCUGCUAACAUCAGACCUUUUGCCUAUUUCAGUAGAAGAUAUUUCAUAUCUUAUGCCUUGUGUUUUACUGUGAAUAUUGAACUGAUUUCACUUCCGUAUAAAGUGAAAUACUUAAUAUUUUAUGUCAAGACUUAUUUUAUGUCACUUUCAAGUAUUUCCUAAGAUCAAAACCUUCUUUGGCAUUGCUGUUGUUGCUUGCUAUUUGUUUUAUUUAACUAGCCAUCAUGCCCAGCUGCCUAGUGGUAGCAGAACACACUAACACGAUACAAGAGUUGCAAUGCACUUAACUCUGCUUGUGGGGAUUGCUGCAGCUGCACAGGGAGGAGUAUCACUGGAUUCUGAAAGGAGUGGUGUGGAACUGGUUGUCCAGGAGGACAGUAAACUCAAAUCAAGACUGAAUGGAGGAAUAAAAAGAGGAAGCACCUUUUCGGGCCUCUGAAUCUCCUCUCCUCCCCUCCCCCCUUUCAAAAGGCAGAUUAUUUUGAAACAUAACCAACAUAAUAGAAAUUUGCCUGCCAUUAAUCUGCACCCAAGACUCCUAUCCGCUUUUAGAGGCUGCUGAAACCCCAUGUAUCAAAAUUCUAGUGAUGCUGUUUUGUAUAUUAUAUUCAGUGGCCAUAUUUAGUGUUUCAGAAAAUUUCAUAUUCUUGCAGUUGUGGGUGGGUGACCUAGAAUGAAUGCGUUUUACAUACAAUUAAUAACAUUGUUUAGUGGACUUGAGUGUCAGUGCAAGCCUUUAACAUAGUGAGCACAGGAUUUAAUACAGAAACAAUAGGAAACAGGGUAGAAAACAUUCCUGUUUUGCUCACAGCACAGCAGAUGUAGCCAGUUACUAUAGUGUAUGUUUGUAAUGGAUUUAUACUUGCUGCUACUGUACUUGACUCAGGGCUUGGCUAAGCUUGCAAGUUAGAGCGCAUUAAAGCAGCCCCAGGCACCCUAACUCCCGAUGUGUCCACGCUGGCAAGGCACGUAGAGCACCUGGACUCUGCAACUGGAGUGCUCCUAGUAAUCCACCUCCACGAGAAGCAUAAAGUUCACUGUGCCCCAGCUGAAAUGCCCGGGCGUCCGUGUGAAAGAGGUAUUGCAUUACUGUGCUGUGAUUGGCCUCCAGAAACGUCCCAUAAUCCCCUGAAGUCAAGUGGCCACUCUUCUCAUUGUUUUGAACUCUGCUACAGGAAUGCGGCUAUCCCCUUUCAA